UUAAUUUCAGAUGUAAUAUAUAAUGUUUAGACUUGUCAGAUUCUGAUACAGAUAUGGAAACUAAUUCAACUAAUAAUUUAAAUAAAUUGCCAAGAGGUUUAAUUGGAAGAAGAGGAUUACCUAUUGCAAGAGGAACCAGAUUACCAUCACUCCGUGGCCCUCGUGAUUUAACACUUGGUGGUGCUGUUAAGAGAGUAUUUGCACCAAAUAUUCCACAGAGAAGAGAAAGAAGUAAAGAUAAUGAAAUAAAUAGUACAAACAAAAGUCCUGUGAAGCCCACAAGACAUAGAAGAUGUAGAAGUGGUGAACAUGGCCGAGGAAGAGGUAGAGGCAAGGUGGAAUUAAUUCAGACACAGGGAGCUGUGUUUGGGGAUGGAUUAGCUGAUAUUCCUUCCAAGUCAGGAUUUAACCAUGAAAAUUCUAGCAGAGAUCGAAUUGGUUCUGGUAAAAUUUCAGGCUCAAAAUCAAAAACAAAACGGGAAGAACGACGAGAUGAGGAAGAACGGCUGCAAGAAUUACUCAGAGAUGAUUUUAUUGACUAUGAAGAUGACAAUAAAGAGGACGAGGGAGAUCGUCUCUAUCCAGUAGUAUUGCCAGCCAGUUCCGGGAUCAACAGAUUUCAACAGAACUUCAAAAAGAAAAAACAGUGGAUUAGAAUCAAGGUGGAGUCGGACGACGAAAGCGACAACGACACUUCGGAGGCCCGUUCGAAAAAAGGAGCGUCGAAUCGAUCCGGUCAAGAAGACCCUCCACUGGAAACUGGCAAAUUAUUUUCAUCAACGGAGCUACCGAAGUGCGGUAAAUUAAUAUUUUUCCAAUUUCCGAACUGUCUGCCCGGUCUGACCGAUAAGGACGAGCACAGAAACAAGACGGAGACCAACGCCGAAUCCUCCUCUUCUCAGAGGAAAAGCGCUCACUCGAAGAAAGUGAAAGCGAACGGUAAGUGCGGCACGUUGGCCGACUGGCCGGAGGGUUACCUGGGAAAACUGCGGAUACGUCGAUCGGGGAAGACGCAUCUGGACGUGGGAUCCUUGGUGUUGGACGUGGAGGUGGGCACCUCCAUCGAAUUCCUGCAGGACCUGGCAUCGGUGAUGGUGGGAAGGACCGGAGGGGCCCUGACCUUACUGGGACAGGUCCGUGACAAGGUAGUGUGCGUGCCCGGCACCGAGAGUCUUCUGGCCGCCUGCUCUUGAACCUUUUCCCCGUUCUACAUUUAUGUACCGGAGAUGGUGCCGCCUCCAAUUUAUUCCUAAGGAAUUAUCCGGAUUUGUAUAUUUUAUUUCCAUUAUCGAACACUUCCAACAGCCUUUGACGACUGUUGGAAGUGUUCUGCAUUUUAUUUGUUAAUAACUGUAAACGACAAUAGGUAUCCGACAUUAUUAUUCGAUUGUUCGUAGUUAUACGCCUCUUAAUAAUAAUCUCGCCUGGUUUACCGAGAGGGAAAAAAAACAGAUUUUAGGAAUUUCUUGGUGUGUUCUUUAAAAUUUUAAACAAAAGAUUUUAAAAUUUUAAUUGUAAAUAUUGUGUUUAGAUAGUUCCCUUGUAUGUAAAACGUAGAUUUCGCGUUUGUCGUUCGGAUUACACGCUUCUGUUUACAUUUAUUCUUAUUACGCGCACAAAUUAAUUUUACUGCAGCAAUAAAAUAUAAAACUGAUAUUUAACGUUUCGUGAUCAUUUUAAUUUUAAUCUUCCAAAAUCGUCUUAAAACAGAAUUAUUAAAAAAAAUUACAAUUAUUGUUCUUUUCAUAAAUGCAGUAAAUAAUAGUCUAAUUAAUGAUCGAAGCAUUAUUUAUUGUUGAAAUUUUCGAACAUCUCAAGAAAAUACGUUUCUUCAUAUCUUUUUAUUGUAUAUCUUUUAUCUCACACACAAAAACACACAAUACAUAUGAGGAAUAUAUAAUUGUAGCCUUAUACCAUUAUGAAAGGGAUGCUCCAUACAAAAUUAUUUUUGAUAUCGAGAAAUAAAUUAAGAAAUGGGAACCUGCCGACUCUAAUGGGUUGGAUGCGAAUUUGGUGACGAUCGGCCAAACAUUUCAACAAUGGAAUAUAAUAGGAAUUGUUAUGCGUAACAACUUCGCGAAGUUGUUACGCAUAAAACAAUUUUUAUUUCAACAAAGGGGUAUACGAUAUGGCGGUGGCCUUAGAUAUCGUAGAACGACAAUAGUGCCUCGUGGAGCAACUCAGUUUUACUUCCAAUUUCAGUUUCAUUAGAAUUGCUUGUGUACGAUACUCUUACCAAGCAAGGUGACAUUCCUAUCCCAUUACAAAAUUUUUAAUUCUUUCUGCACGUAUGCAAGGAGAGAAGCAUUUAGAAACAGCAAGCGUAUAAAUGAAAAGAAAGCAAAGAUUAGUGUCUAAACUGAAAGUGCAGGAAUUUCAAGCUAAGAAGCAAAAACUGUUCUCGAGUUGCAAGUACUGUAGCUGGAAAUGAAAAAAUGCCAGUGAUAACUGUUAUAAGUCUCACCAUUAGAGGUAGACAACUUUUAAACGAAUAAUACAAACUCUUGCGAGAGAAGACUCAAUUUUCAGAAUUUCCAGAAGACUCAAUUUAAAUUAUUAUAUGCUUUAUAAUAUAUCAUAAUAAUAUAUUUGUUAAAACUGCCUUAUAAACGAACAAUUUUCAUUAGGAAACAAGUCGACCAUCAUAUAACAAGUGCUUGAGAUUAGCCAAUACAAUAGUUAGUGUAGUAUUAUCCAAUGACGAAUUAGGAAUUAAUCCUCCUCCUAAGGGUUUUAUCCCGAGUAAUACCGAAUACCUCGGGUAGUAAAAAAUUUUCUAAGGCUUAACCGGAUGCGCUCAGGGAUGCUUUCCCUUCCGCUGGAGAUAGAACCCCUGGUCUACAUCAUUGGGUCGCGGAAAAUUAUCUUGGGAUCGCACUGUUAAAAUGUUUGAAUACCGUUGAUGUAGACGAAUUUGGUCUGGUUUUAUGCGCGUGCACGAAUAUGUUCGUUUAAAUGAUCCGGGAUUUGUUGCACUGUCCGAUACACCGCGGCACUCGAGCACCCCAUGAAUUAAUUAAAGUCGAGACGAUGAAGUUAUGGAUCAGGGAGGUAUUUUUAACCAACCUGAAACUGCGCGUGCCAGUGUUCCCACCAUUGGCAUGAGCAGAUCCACAAAAGAUAAAGCUAAUCGGGUUGCAAUUUGAAAAAAAUUUUAGAACUAUAAAUUCCCACUGUCGUUUGUCUGUCCUUAAUCUCGAGAACGAAGUUAGACAGAUGAAAGCAUAGACCAGAUAUGGAAAGAUUAGGGGCAGAAGCCCGAUUAGCUAUAUGCGAACUUUCGAUGCAAACCGGAAGUCGCGUUAUUUCAAUUCAAAAACUCCCCCUGAAAUAUGUUAGAUCAGUGUUUCUCAACGGGGACGA